AUGGCGGCGAGCGUAGACCGUUUUACAUGUCAAGUUUGUAAGCAAUUGUACAAAAAUCCUGUUGUUCAUAGAACUUGUGGAUUUUCUUUUGACCGUGAAUGUAUUGGGAAACAAUGUCCAAGAAAAGAAUGCGGCCAAAUUAUUAACGAAGAGAACUUAACAGUGAACUAUGCGCUGUUGAAAAUUGUCGACGAAUAUCGAUUAUCAUUAGAGCUACCUCUAACUUAUUAUCUUAUUCUACUUGAUACUAGCAGUUCGAUGUGGUAUUCCGACAGUUUACUUCCUUUUGCUCUAGGUGCAAGUCGGUUUACGUAUGCUACACAAUUUUUAAACGACUUUUUCAAGCUAAAAAUGAAUUCAAUGACUGAUAAAAUUUCUUUAUAUACUUUUGAUACAUCUACAACAAUGAAAUUUGAUUUCGAAACAAUCGAUGAGACUCAUUUACAACUAUUGGAAGAUUUAAAAUUCGAAGGAAAAGAUACAGCGCUAUUCGAUUCGAUUGAUUUCUGUCUAGAUAAACUUGAUAAAACACAAAAAAUACUUGGCAAUCAAAUAUCAGCACCAUAUCUUAUUGUUAUUACUGAUGGUGGUAAUAAUGUUGGCCAACCGGAAUCAAAACGUGCUACAGAAGUGGUAUGGCGUACAAAAAAACUUCACAUAACUGGCCAUUUUAUUCAAUUAGGAGAUAAAAAUAGAAAAAAAACGAGAAGAAUAUGUCGACUCAUCGAAUACAAAUAUAAUCAUUUCAAAGGAGGAAAUGUAAAAGAAUUCGUUAAUUCAUUUACAAACUCUAUUACAACCGAAAUUCGAGCUCGAAAUGUUCGAAUCGAAACACCAGCAGACGCAGCUAUACAAAUGAUCAAUCAGCUGCCGGAAGUACCAAAUACAGCACCAAAAAUAAUGUUCCGACAAAACGUACUUGCAUAA